GGUUAAUGGCGGUUCUUAGGAUGAUACUGUGUACAUCAACCAUCAAGGUCCGUAAAAGUGGAGGACACCAGACCCAAAUCCAGCCUGAGCUACAUCCAAGCCGAUAGUUGACGCACGAUUUGGAGAAACAUUCACGAUGGGGCAGUUCUUCGAAGUAAUCCCCGAGUAUCUCAUGAAAUGGAUCCUCGAACAGAAAAUGUUCUGGGUAGCCACCUCCCCGCUCUCGGCAUCCGGACACGUCAAUGUGUCACCCAAGGGCGGCCUCUACUUCGGUUUGCUGGAUGAGAAGACCUUCUGGUACAUGGACCUCAGUGGCAGUGGCAAUGAGACCAUUUCGCACCUCUACGAACCAGACAACGGCCGCAUCACCGUCUUGUUCAACUCGUUCGAGGGCCCGCCUCGCAUCGUUCGUCUCUUUGGUCACGGGUCGGUGCUCGAGCGGGGAGGCGUGCACGAGGCGGGAGACCAAGCUUUUGACGACUUUGUCAAGAAGCACGACCUGCAGGUCCUCCCGAGCUCCAGGUCUAUCAUCAUCGUCAACGUGCACCAGGUCGCGAGCUCGUGCGGCUACUCGGUGCCAUGUUACGAAUUCAGAAAAUUCCGUAGCACCCUCAACGAAUCCUUCGCGAGGAAAGAAGAGAAGUUUGAGCAGGGCAAGUCGGAAGAGAGCAGGGAAAGGUACUGGGCGUUCAAGAACGCAUAUAGCGUGGACGGUCUCCCGGGGAUGAAAGUCGGCUGCAAGACCGGAAAGCAGGAGGGCAUCGCCCCGAUCGAAAAGAUGGUUGGCCCACUGGCACCGCAGGGAUACCGCAACGCCCGGGCAUUCGGCAUCUGGCAUCUCAUUCUUGUAGCGGUUCUGUCGGCUAUCUGUACUGCCCUAUUCCUGCCCCUGUUGCCGGCUACGCUCCAGGGAGCACUCCACAGCUCUGCGUCGUAGGCUCGCGAGUAUGUACAUACUCCCAAAGCCAGCGUUAUCCAGAAAACACAUUGCAUUCAACUGCCU